CACGUGGUGUUCGCAUGCGACCUGCCAGCCAUGAUGGCGUGCAUAGGCGCGCUGCCACGCCUCGCCAUGCUCGUCGUCGACCUGCACAUGCCCUUCUUCGGGCAGUCAGUGAAGGCGGACGCCCUGUGGACCACGCACUCCUGCUUCACCCACCAGGCCAUGACAGCACUGGCGACUGCAGGGCCCGCGCCGCUCACAGCACUGUCACUCAGCCCCUGUGCCCUCGCACCCGCCUCCUUCCACACGCUCGCCUCCGCCUUUCCCUGCCUUAUGGCACUGGACCUGCAGGGGCUGCACAGCGAGCCCAUGCACCUCCCCCACGUUCUGCCACUCCAGUGCUGCGAGCUUGCGACUGACAUCUGCGAGAGUCUUGUUGGAAUACCUUCAGAAAAGUCGUUCGACCUUCUUAACCGUGCCUCCCGUAUCCAGAGCCUUUUGGUCGAAGACCUCUUUGAGUAUGAGAGGCGCCAGAAUGAGGAAGAUAUUGGGAGAAGCCUUACACGUCUCGACUCCGUUGUUGAGCAGGCGAAGAAGGAUUUGUGCGAACUUAUGGAGUCUCACUGGAAGACUAUCUCUCAAACAAGCCGUUAUCGGAAAUUGCACGAAAUUUUGAUCGCGCUGGAGGCCUCGGCGAUUCAACUCGGUCAAGCACUGUCCGACACUUGUUCCCGUUCAAUUUCGUUUUCUGAAUCCAAGCCAAGCUCGGGCUCACCCUUGACCAUGCCACUGCCAUUGAUACCUGUGGAUGAUUGGGAUGACAUAUUGCCAUGGCAAGCAGCCUCCAUACAAUCAGCAUUCCCCACAGCUCUGGAGUCAGAUGCAGAGACAACACUGCAGCCGUUCAGCGCAAUGUACUCUCGAAUGGCGCCGUCCAUGUCGGCUUAUAACGCAGCGCAUGCCGACGAGCUACCGCGUCAGCGGCGGAAGCGUAGGACGAAGGCGCAGAUGGCGGCGGACAGGGCGAUCGCGGCGGCCUUCAAGCGGAAGCGGGGGAGGCCGAGCAAGUCGGACGUGCUGGCGCGGCAGGCGCUGAUCAUGGCGGCGCACAGCGGCAUGCCCGUCACGGACCCCUCCAACAUCGACGCCAUUCUCGCCGCGCAGAACGCGUCGGCGCUCGUGCCCACGGCGACGGCGACGCGCGCGAGGAUGACCAAGUCGCAGCUGAAGGCGCGGCGGCUCAACCAGGCGGGCGGGGACGACGGCGCGGCGGUGCAGCCCGGUUGGGUGGGGCAGAACGUGCAGGGCGUGCUGGACGGCACGUUCGACGCGGGUUACUUUGUAACCAUCCGCGUCGGCAACACCAACACCAUUCUGCGCGGCGUCGUAUUCGCGCCUGGCGUCGCGGCGCCCCUGCCAUGGCCGGAAGACGCGGCGCCCAGAGUGCCGAAGCUGAAACGCGACGCGUCCAUCACCCUCCCUGCCGACCCCGCCCCUGCUGCUGAAGCUUCAGCAGUGCCAGCAGCGGCAGCGGCAGGUGCGGGCACAGGCGAUCUGGCUGGCGCACGGGCAGCCGCGCCUGCAGCAGCCUCGCAACCCGGUGCAGCAUCGUCAGCUCCGGGUGGUGCAGCAGCAGGUGGCGCAUCCAAAGCAGGUGCAGCAGGGGCAGAUGCUGCACCCGCAGAGACAAAAUCGGUAACAGAGAGAGCGACACCAGGUGCAGACGCAGGGGCGGCAGGGGCAUCACAUGCAGCAGGGGGGGGUGGGGGAGCAGAGGGCGGGCAGGAGGGGAAGGACGAUGGUGGGUCGGUGUGGGAGGUGGUGAUUUGA